AUGCAUCUAUCACCGGCAAUGGCUUUGCCUUAUAUCCCAAGUCGCACCUCUACCAAGCCUCCGAAUUCUAAACCACGGCAAAAACAAGAAACUACUGCCUCAGUUCCAGUUCCAGUUCCAGCUCCAAGAUCACUCCCGGGAGAGCGAAGAGUCAAGCCUUGCCUCAGCAGGCCAAGUCUCGAUCCGGUUCUGGAGAGUGAUCAACGACCCUCAAGAGAUGUAGAGCAGGUUAUGUCCGGGGAUGCUGCCAAAGUGACGAGAAAGCAGUCGUUGCCGAUACUUACCAGAAAACGAAGUGACUUCUUCGAGGAAGCAUUUGGAUCCAAGCAUACGCAAGACCCCGGUGAUCAAAUACGGAAUGAGUCUCCUGUGCUGGUAGAAAUCAAGACCAAUAUUGAAGAUGAAUUCACCUUCAUCACUGAACUAUCCGAGUACCUCGCGUUGCGAUAUAAUCGUCCGGCAUCUUCUAUCGUAAUGACAGUCCAGCAUGGGAUCUGUAUUCAGUUUGGUAGGGGUUCUGAUUCUUGCUAUACCAUGACAAUCGAGGCUCUUGCUCGAGACGUUCAGACGACGACCAACAAACGAAAUAUUGCUCUCUUUCAGAGACACAUGGAGCAGGCCCUGAGGAUCCCCCCGUCCAAGGGGUUCUUGAGAUUCGUUCCCCUCGCUGAAGACUGCGCUGGGUGGAAAGGCAACACACUUGCUGGGCAUAUUACAGAGGUGAUAGAAGAGACACACGCGAUGACGGAACGUCGAGGUUCGAUCAGGGCUCCGAGGAGAAGAUCUAGUAAGGCAUUUCGAGAAAUUAAGACUAAGAUAACUACAUCAGAGAGCGCACCUGCAUUGAAUCCUAGCACAUCAAAUGGCGUAUUGUCCGAUGACACAGAAGCUCUCGGAAAAGCUGCGAAAAACGAGGCUAAGACCGAAAAGAACAAAACGAAGACGUUAAAGCAAAGGAAGAGUUUCAUCCAUGCCCUGUUUUCCUAG